CUGAUAGGUCAGAGAUGAGUCCUUCAAGCUUGGCAACGUUGGCAUUGGAUGAUACACCUGGUCUAACAGUAAACAAGUUGCAGAUUCCUAAUGAUCAUCAAAAUCAAUUUCAUUCUUAUCAAUGGUCUACUACAACUAAUCAUAUACCUUUAAACCAAUUGCCGAUUCCAAAUGGUCAACAAAAUCAUCUUCAUCAAAACCAAUGGUCUACACCAAAUCAUCAAGCUUGUACUCUUGGAGCUCCUACCGUUCAACCAGCAGCUAAUGAUCAAACCUUUUUCUCCAUAGGUACCAAUCUGGGAGCUCCUACCGUUCCACCAGGAGCUAAUGAUCACUGGUUUCCUUAUAGUGAUCCUGCGUGUACCAAUCUUGGAGCUCCUGCCGUUCCACCAGAAGCUAAUAGUCAAUGGUUGCCAUAUACUGAUCAUGCGUAUAACUAUCCUGUUGUAUAUUCAACCGGUGCACCAGCAGCCACUGCUCAAUGGCCAACAUCUAAUGAUUUCCUUCCCAUAGAUACUGGAGCUCCAACUUUUGCAAAAGUACCUACUGCGGCAUUUGACCAUUUUGCAAAUGGUUUUGGAGAAGAUAUUAACAAUAGCAGCCCAAAUUUCCAGCCGAUGGAUCCUUCAACAGCAAAACUACUAACACAACUCGACCACCUGCAACAAGACCCAUAUGGACAAUACCAACUGCCACUGCAGGUUCUAAAAAAACCCUCACUAGAAGAGCUGCGAAAACUUCCAUAUGAAGUAGACAACGUGCUGCGAUAUGAUGGAAACAACAACGGGCUGCAAGGAGAACUAAUGAAACCCGAAAAGCCGCCACAAGACCUAUAUGGACAAUGCCAACCGCAACCGCAGAUCCAACAAAACCUUCAAUAUGAAGCAAACAACAACGGGUUGCAAUAUGAUGAACACAACAACUGGCUGCAAGGAGUACUAACGCAACCCGAGAAGCCACUACAAGACCUAUAUGGAGAAUGCCAACAGAAUCUCUCAGUAGAAGAUCUGCUAACUCUUGUAUAUGAAGCAAACAACAACGAACUGCUAGGAGUAAUACCGCAGCAACAUCGUUAUCAUCAGGAAAAAGAGACAAUGCAGACACAAGGAGAUCCACUGAAUUGA